CCUCCGCCAUCGCUCGCGCCGCUCCUGGAGCGCCCUAUCUUCCUGCCUCGAGGAAACUUGCCUGCGUUUACCAAACAACACCGCGCCAUCCUUUCCCGACCACACUAACGAGAACAAUCAUGCCUGCCUACCGCACUCGCGACGCCUCUUCGCGCAACCUCGAAGUCUCGACGGACGCCCCACCACCUCCCCCAACAGUGUCCAUCAUUUCGCCCACGCCGCGCGCAUUCACCUUCCCUAUCACUGACACUCGCUUCCCGUCCUCGCCGUCCAGUUCGCCCUUCGAGCCCACUUUGAAAUCCAUUCCUUCGACGCCCCCGCCCUUUCGCCCCUUCUCCCCGACAUCCUCGAUCGGAUCGGACUCUUCGAUUUCAGUGCUCGACUCAGUUUACUCUGUUCCCGAGUCGGCGCUUUCGGUUCCGGAAUCGUUUCUAUCUUCACCUUCGACCACCUCCUCGCUGGCCUCGUCGCAUCGCCGGCGUAGAUCGACCGCGAGCGACAUCGGGGAGCGGCGGCCGAAGAAGGGCGACGAAGACUACAUCAAGCGGCCAGAGAAUGCGUUCAUCCUCUUCCGCCGCAAGUGCUGCGAGGACCGCCAGGCCGCGCGCGAGGAGGAGGAGAGCACGUCCGGCCCGGUCAAGAAGCAGCGCCAGGCCGACCUCUCGAAGACGAUCUCCCAGCAAUGGAAGAGCCUCCCCGCAGAGGAGCGGCAGUACUGGGAAGACCUCGCGAAGGAGAAGAAGAAGGAGCACGAGGCGAUGUACCCCAACUACGUCUACCGUCCGCAGCGCAACAAGGACAAGAAGAAGAAGGGGAAGUCCGCGUCGGCGUCGCGCAGGGGCGACGAGCAGGACGACGACGCGGAGAGCUUUUCGUUCCUGCUCCCCGUGUCGUCGUCGCCCUCGCGCAACGUCAACAACCGCGAAUAUGCCUCGAGCGGACACGGACACGGGCACGGGCGGCGCGCGGUCUCUGCGCCCACCCCGCCACCACAAUUCCAGUCGAUCCAGCUUCCAUCCGUCUGGAUGCCGUCGUGUCCCACCUCGCCGACGCUCAUUCCGAGGAUCAGCGGGCGAUCGCCAGCACCCGUCGCGAAUAUCCCGCCACCGACGGAGUCUGCUCCUUUGACGACCUUCGAUUACGCACCUAACGACCACCUCUUCAUGUCGGGUUGCGACAGUCUGAGCAUGUAUGACGAGAACGGCCAGCCAAUGAAUGGACCGUACCACAACAUGUACCAGAUGUCUGCAAACGGCGGCGUACCUCCUCUGCUGCACUCGCUCACCAUCCCCCGCGAUUCGAGCGCGAUGACGAACAUGAUGUCGCCCGCCGAAUCGAUCGCCUCCACGCUUGUCGGCUCCGAGUCCUACACGCCCAGCUCCUACGCGUCCAGCAUCAUGUCGUCCCCGAGCACGCACGGCGCCCCCUUCACUCCCGAUGACGCGCUCCGGAUGAUGUCCUUGUCGAUGCCCCCGCCGAAGGACGUCCCUGAGAACGUCGAUGGGGACGGCGACGACGGCGAGAUGCCGAUGCCCUACGGAUUCUGGCCGACGAGCGACGCGCUCUGGGCGAACAUGGAGUCCCUGAUGAACGAGGACUUCAACUUGUGCUCGAUCCCGCCCGUCGAGCUCGGGCUCGCGCAGUUCGAGGCGCUCACCCAGUCCCAGCAGUCCAACGGCACCUCCUCGUCCUCCAGCACGAUCCGGCCCGAGGACGAGCAGCGCGAGCGCGACGAGUACGAGUGCGAAGAGUACCCGAACGACGAGUACGUCCACGAAGAGUACCCGAACGACGAGUACCACUUGAAGCGCGACGAGUACGUGGUGCAGCACAUGCCCGAAGAGCACGACUUUCACGUACACGACGCAACGACCCCCGGGCUGGACACCUACUCGGGCGUGUUUGCGCACGACAGCAGCAUGAACUGGUGAUGACUCCGUCGGCUCGCGCAGGCGUGGGUCGACGCGCACAGACACUGUACUAAAAUUAUUGCAUCCCAUCCCGUCUUCUCUGGGGCCGCGCCUCCGCCGUUUUGCGGGGCGCGCGCGUGUAUAUUCUCUGUUCCCCUUGUAGUACUAUCAGCCCUUCGCCCCGCGCGCACUGUACCACUCACCUUUCCCCGUUUCCCCUCCUGCAGCAUUACGGUCCUCACGCAUCCCCUCACGUCGUAGCAUUAUUUGCAUACCCGCCUCCCUCACGAACCCCCCGCCCGCGUUCAAUACCCCCCAUCGCACCCCACACCCAUAUCACAGUCCACACUCACCUUACCCCCACUACCACGUCUGCUCCGCCACUGGACACCUCCCCCCACCUCCCCUCCGACUCCUCACUUAUCACAUUAUUUGCGCGUACCGUGUCUGCUGUAUUCUUACACACCGAAUGCAAGCUAGCGCAUAGAUGAGAGAACGCGGUUCC